AUGAGUGGUCGCGGCAAGGGAGGCAAAGGACUCGGUAAAGGAGGUGCUAAGCGUCACCGUAAAGUUCUCCGUGAUAACAUCCAGGGAAUCACCAAACCUGCCAUCCGCCGUCUGGCUCGCCGCGGCGGUGUGAAGCGUAUCUCCGGUCUCAUCUACGAGGAGACCCGCGGUGUGCUCAAGGUCUUCCUGGAGAACGUCAUCCGUGACGCCGUCACCUACACCGAGCACGCCAAGAGGAAGACGGUCACCGCCAUGGAUGUGGUGUACGCUCUCAAGAGGCAGGGCCGCACCCUGUACGGCUUCGGAGGUUAAAUCACCGCCUCACCUCAGCUCAGCUCAACACAACGGCUCUUUUAAGAGCCACACACAGCAACCAAAGAGCUCGUUUCUGUUCUUGUUCUUUAUUUUGUAUGAUAUUGUCGUUAACUGUUAACAUUUAUAUGAUCUAUCCUACAAUGGAUAGAACAACAGUUACGUGAGCAAUAUGACAAUUGAUUGAUCAAGAUUAACAUACUAUGCAUAUUAUUUUAAGGUGAUACAGUUUGCUACCGCGUCAUUUUUUUUAUAGGUGAAGAUUAUGAGUAGUAUCACAAUAUUUCGAUGUUUUAUUUAAAUCGAGUCCAAAUUGGGCGUUAUUCAGGAGCAACAAUUUAAAGCAAUUUAAUAAAUAUCCUG